UUUCGCGCAAUAUUUUAACUGCUUAGAUGUAAAAGUAUAAAUCUGCUGUAGCAACAAUGCUUGUAAAUAGGUGAAGUGAGCAUAAAACUACAGUAAAGCAAUAAAUAGCUCCAACAUGAGCAAAGAACACAUGGAUAAAAUACCAGUGAUUCCCAUUAAAGCAGGAAGCCUUGAAAAAAACAGAACAAGUUCAACUGUAACUGUUUUUUUCGAGGGGGCAGUGCGCAGGAAAACACUUGCAUUGGUCUUUGUGUUCAUUUUGCAAGUUCCGGUACUGUAUUAUCUUUAUACAACUGAGGUAUCAGCUUACGUCAACAUGAAGCAAGAUAUCAAAAGUACAAGUUCAGUGUCUUCAAUUUCGAAACUGUGCGCAAACGGAACUUGUACUAACACCAAAAACUUGAUUAAGUUACGUAAAUGGGCUCAACGGUAUCCAGCACGUAGCUCUUUACGUCAUAUUGUUGAUAGUGUUGAACUAAGAACAACUGCUGCACCAAGUACAACUCCUACACCAAAAAAAGACAAUUUAUCGAAUAUGACCAAACCUGAGCAAUUACAAAAUGAAACAAUAUCGCCUGUGGAAAUGACAACAAUACCUUCUACAACAACAUCUACAGUUUUAGGUUCAACAACAACAGAACCAACAACAACAACAAUAUCAACAACAACAACAACAACAGGAGCAACAACAACCACUGUCCCUGAUAAACCAGCAGAAGCUGGAGAAGAAGCUAUUUUGCCAGAUUGUCCUGAAACCCCUCCAGACUUACAGGGAAAUAUAGAUGUGUCUUUUGCCCACACUGCACCAGAAAUAUCCAAACUAGAAGCGGAUAACCCACUGGUUAAAGAUGGCGGUCACUACAAACCCCCUUACUGUAAAGCCUUAUGUAAAGUUGCCAUAGUUAUUCCUUAUCGGGACAGAGAAGAACAUUUGCGGUAUUUCCUCGAGUACAUGCAUCCCACCCUACAACGUCAACAACUUGAUUACGCCAUCUAUGUUGUUAAUCAGGCUGGUACUGGUAAAUUUAAUCGUGCCAAGCUGAUGAAUGUUGGUUAUGCUGAGUCAAUCAAAGAUCAUGAUUUUCAAUGUUUUGCUUUCCAUGAUGUGGACUUGGUGCUUGAGAAUGACAAGAGUAUAUACUCUUGCCCCUCAAGUCCUCGCCACCUGUCAGCUGGGGUGGACAAGUUUAAUUACCAACUGCCCUACUCUGCCAUAUUUGGUGGCGUGACUGAGCUGACAAAGGAACAAUUCCAAAAAGUGAACGGUUACUCUAAUUCAUUCUGGGGUUGGGGUGGAGAAGACGACGAUAUGUUUAACCGUGUCAAGUUUUCUGGCAUGAAUAUUAUUCGUUACCCUAUGGAUAUCUCAAGGUAUAAGAUGAUUACUCAUCAAAGAGAGAAGGGAAACGAACCAAACCCAAAACGCUUCGACCAAAUACGCAGGACUAAAGACACGAUGGCAAACGAUGGUCUAAACACACUUGAAUACAAGGUCGUAUCAAAGCAGAAGAACAAGCUUUAUACCAAUGUAACGGUUGACAUUAUGGCGCCAGCAAGGUAACAAACGGGUGAAGAGUAUUAAGGACAGUAAAGGUCAAGAUCUGUUCGAAUCGACAUGAAAUAGACCAAGCUCGUCAAACAGAAGAGACUUCAUAAAAACAAUUUAGUUUUAAUUCUGCAACUUGCUUCAAUUUUAAUGCUCCAAUAUUGCGCGUUUGUUUGAGUAUCUGUUUUUUUUUAAUAUUAUUAUUCUAAUCCUUUGUACCUGGCGUGAGUUUUCACGACUUCUUUCGCUUGUUUCAAAGUAUAUACAAUUUAAAAGUGUAGCAACAUAUUACCUUUGCACUACAUAGCUUAUAUGUCGGUGUAUGUGGGUUUCUGUCCAGGCUGUAAGUUUGCUUAUCUAUAUCUGAAAGGACGAGACUUUUUCCAGCUUUUAAACUUCUGCAUUUAGUUCUCAUGAUUAUAAGAUCGUGCGCGGCACUGUGCUGGUGCGAAAAAAACUUCUAUACAAUAUAUUGGUGAAACAUCUUUCAUAAAUAUACUGGUCAAAAACGAAGACCUUUUACUUUAA